AUGGUCGAGGACAUCAAGAAAAAGAAGAAGAGCAAGAAGAGCAAGGAGAACCAAUUCAGUUAUCCCAACCUUGUCACGCCGAAGCUCGAAGAUUGUCUCGAGACUGAAAAAGCCCGCGGUCCGCUGUGGAGCUCCCUGAGCGACAAGAUGUCGAAACUCUUAUCAGACGCAAAGGCACAGAAUCAGGACUCACAUUUUCGACUGCAUAUCACUCCACCAAAGACUUUCCGGAAAGCUGUCGCUAUCGGCGUUCAUGGAUACUUUCCACACAAAAUGGUCCGCAGCGUUAUCGGUCAGCCUACUGGAACGUCAUCCAAGUUUGCCAACGAGGCCGCUGACGCUAUCGAAAGAUGGGCGACGGCGCACGGCAUGACUGAUUUCUCAGUCACGAAAAUUGCAUUAGAGCAUGAAGGUAUCGUCAGCGAUCGUAUCGAGAACCUUUACCGGAUCCUAUCAAAACACAUGCGCGUGAUUCAAGAAGCGGACUACAUCAUGAUUGCAGCGCAUUCGCAAGGAACACCCGUCGCGAUCCAACUGUUAGCAAAACUGAUCGAAGAAGGUCAUGUCGACAAUAAGACGAUCGGAAUACUUGCUAUGGCCGGAAUCUCGCUCGGUCCGUUCUUUGGACUUGACCAGAAAUUGCUCAUGCGGGCGUACGGCUCGAUCGAGAAUGACUCCUUGAAAGAGCUUUUCGCGUUUCAAAACCCGAAUUGUUUGCAAGGCAGGCGAUAUAUGAGUGGUCUCAGAACAGUGAUUCAGCAUGGCGUCAAAAUCACGUUUGUGGGUUCGGUAAACGACCAGCUUGUUCCGCUGUACUCGUCACUGUGUGCUCACGUAACCCAUCCCUACAUUUACCGAUCCAUAUUCGUUGACGGGAAAAUUCACGCGCCGACCUUCAUCAUCUCAUUCAUCGAGCUUCUAGUCAAGCUGCGCAACUUUGGAUACACCGACCACGGUAUCCUGCGGGACAUCAGCGACGCUAUGGCCGGUACGCUUACUGGCGGCGGCCACUCUGUUAUUUAUAACGAGCAUGCAGUAUAUGACCUUGCCAUCCGCCAGUCUCUUGAGACGUCCGAGUUGCCGGAUAUUGCGGUUGCGAUUGAUGAGGAUUUCGAGAUCCCGACGCCGAUGAAUUAUAACCCGUAUAACUUGCCGUGGAGCGUGCGAGGUUUAUUUGAACAGCAGUUUGUCCGUGAACAACUCCUGGACGAUAUGAACAAAGCGUUGGAGAAAUUCGACGAAUGGGAUCCAGACACGAAGCCUCUCAAAGACGUUAAAUACAGACUCUCGGCCAUCAAGUCUGCAGUCCUGGGUAACGGUAAGCCCGGCUCUGGAAUGCCGAUGCCAAGGGAGUUGGCGAACGGGGUUGUCCAAGGAGCAGCGUGA